GUCUGUGAAAUUCAAAUGAUGUUUCAACCAACUUUAUUGUCCAUUCCAGAUGUGGACGAGUGUGCGGCCGGGCUGGCGGUGUGCCCCCGCUUCAGGAAGUGCCUCAACACGUUCGGGAGCUACAUCUGCAAGUGUCACGACGGCUUCGACCUGCAGUACAUCAACGGGAAAUACCAGUGCAUAGAUGUUGAUGAGUGUGCAGACCACAGCCCCUGCAGCAGCCAGGCCUCCUGCUUCAACACUCCAGGAUCCUACAAGUGCAAGUGUAAAGAGGGCUACCGGGGGCUGGGCCAUGACUGCAAAUCAAUCCCCAAGGUAGUGAUCGACCCCCCCAGACCAGGCCAGCCCCCACCCAACCACCACAACCACAUCCCAGAUUCCGACCGCAAAAGGACCACCACCACAGUCCGGACGGCGGUCACUACCAGGAGAAUCGCCACGACCACGCCCACGACAACCCCCCCAACCCCGCCCCCGAAGAAGAUAACCCCGCCCCCGAAGAAGAUAACCCCGCCCCCGAAGAGGAUAACCCCACCCCCGAAGAGGAUAACCCCGUCUCCACGGAAACCGGCAGUCCCCACGAAGAGACCCACCCUCAAGCCUUACGUGCCCCCCAGGUGGCCCCCGCUGACCCCAACACCCCCCCCCACCCACAGGGCGCCCCCGCCCCCCACCAGACCCCCGCCCCUGCCCCGCCCCCAGGCCACGCCCGUGGACAACAGCAUCCAGAAGGAGGUCACCAAGCAGAGGGGAGACGUACACAUCCCUCGUCUCCACGGUUACAACGGCGUGGUGGGGAUCGACCUGGACGUGGAGCUGGGCAACACGGCUGCCGAGGCGAACGAUGACGCAGCGGCGGGCUUCCUGAGCUGCUCCUUCGACGACGGUCUGUGUGGCUGGAUACGAGACAGAGACGGAGACCUGCACUGGGAGACCACAGACGACCCCUCUGGGGGCGUGUACCUGACCAUCCCGGAGGCGGGGGAGAAGAGGCGGAGUGGGCGUGGCGCUCGGCUGGUCCUGCCCCUGGCGGCGCCCUGGAACGACGGCAACCUGUGUCUGUCGUUCAGGAACAAGAUGGCGGGCCACCAUGUGGGGGUGCUGCAGGUGUUUGUGAAGAAGGGGAAGAGGUACAGCCCAGCCGUGUGGGGCCGGACCGGGGGCAGCGGCUGGAGACACACCCAGAUCACCCUCUGGGGAGCGGGCCUGGAGAGCGUCAUCCUGAAGGGGGAGCGUGGGCGGGGCAGGAGUGGAGAGAUGGCAGUAGAUGACGUCACGCUGACGAAAGGCUCCUGCACUGAGGAGCACAAUCUGAGGAGACACUGACACUAACCCCACACUGCCCCCCAAGACACCAAGCCCCCGACCUACCCCUGGCCCCCCCCAGACACCCUGCCCCCCCCAGACACC